AUGGCGACCACCACCGCCACUACCGGCGCCGCUAGCACCGAAAUCUUAAUGUUAGAAGCUCCGUCGAAAGGUCCAUCAUGGCCGGUCCUCAUAACCAACGUGGAAAUCAUCGACGCAUUACCUUACAUCGACCAAAACUACUACUCCAGCACCGCCGUCAAGAACGAGGUCGACCUCAUGGUGGAAGACGAGCUAUGUCGCAGCACCAAGAAACCCGCCGAUUUCCUCAAAGACUUGCCGCCGCUCGCCAAGCCCGAGUUCAAGAAUAAUCCAGUUCCGGUGAGAGAGUACGACCGCGUGAGGGAUUCAAAACCGCCAGUGGUGCUUGAUUUCUCCAGAGAUAAGGCAGAGAUGCCGAAGUGGAGUGAUGAAGCUUCUUGGGAUUAG